UGUGGGUGCCCAGUCUGUGACCAUAACCCAACUUUCGGGAACAUAUUAUUGUAAACAAAGUUUUUAAAUCAUGAUUCCUAUUCGCGUUAUAAAGCAAGUUUAUAGGAAUAUUAGGAACUGUUCAACACAAAAGCUGGUUGCUGACAAAUAUCCCCCCAGAGUCUUUUCAGGGAUUCAACCAACUGGAUCUAUACAUAUAGGCAAUUAUUUAGGAGCAAUUUCACAAUGGGUUAAAUUACAAGACCAGAAUGAAGACCUAAUAUUGAGUAUUGUUGACCUGCAUUCAAUAACUCUCCCACAUGAUCCCCAUACUUUAUCAACGAAUAUAUUAGAACUUACUGCAACUUUACUUGGAAGUGGUAUAGAUCCCAAUAAAGUAAUUUUAUUUCAACAAUCUAAUGUUCACGCUCAUGCUGAAUUGUGCUGGUGUUUGGGCUGCAUAUCCACAAUGGCAAGAUUAGCGCAUUUGCCACAAUAUAAGGAAAAGUCUGCAAGUUUGAAAAAUAUUCCGUUAGGGCUUUUUGUGUAUCCGGUAUUACAAGCAGCAGAUAUUUUGUCAUACAAAUCAACACAUAUUCCAGUAGGGGAAGACCAGGUACAACAAAUUCAGUUAUGCCAAGAAUUAGCGAGAAUGUUUAAUAGUAAAUUUGGGGAAACAUUCCCUAUACCACACACUAUGAUUACAUGUAACAUUCGAUGCGGAAAAACGACCGGGUAUAUCAAAUCUUCUAAGUAUACAUUCUUUUGUAACUGGAAAAUCAAUUGACACCAUAUGCAAAGAAGCUGAACAUUUGGAUACUGGCAGGUUCAAAUUAGAAGUAGCUGAUGCUGUAGUUGCAUAUGUGAAGCCAAUUCAGGAUACUAUUGCUCAGCAUUUGAGCGAUAAAAGCUACCUGCUAAAUGUAUUGGCACAAGGUGCGGAGAAGGCCUCAAACAUUGCAAAUGACACGCUUAAAGAAGUUCAUGAAAAAUUGGGAAUGGUAGUGAAAUCUGCAGAUAAGGCACACGUUUCUAUUAAAAAUGUUAGAUAGAAAAAUCGUAGCUAGAAAUCUAGGAUUCACGCAACUAAGAUCGAUAGAGUACAAUUAAUUUUGUGUUGCAUGUGUUUAUUUGUGGAAAACUAAGUGAGCAGGAAAACCCGUAUGUUCAAUGGGAUGUUUAAAUGCGUAAUAUUUCGUUGAUGUUAUACUAUCUGCAAGAAUCUGUUAAUAAAUACCUACACCAAGGAUGGUAAAAUGUUUAAUGAUGUUAAGUUUGAGAUGUUGAAUUUUUUUAAGAAGGUAGUAUGUAUUCAAGUUUUUCAUGUAAUGUUAAAAAGCAUUUAAACCAAAUUUAUUUACAAACUCAAGGUACUGUAGAAACAUGACCCUAUUUUUUUUAUAAUUCGAUGAUUUAUGUAUAGAAUCUAGAUCUCUAUGAUGCUUCGCAGUACAAUAUAUUGACCCCUCGGCACCAGAAAGUAAAAUAAAUGCGCGAGUUCAGCAAUAGCGAAGAUGGAUAAAAUAUGGGUUUUACCUGUUACAACAGGAGUUCAAAUGUUAUUUCACACGACAGAUUGGACAAUAUUAAAAUGGAAAGAUGCCAAGGUGUUGGAUUGGUUGCAGUGACACUCUUAGUAGAAAAACUUGGUACAUACUAAGUAGUAAAUAAACUAAUUCUCAAAAAA